AUGUCAGUGGUGGAGGAUGACGAUGUACCUGCUUUAUCGGCGGAAACUUUUUUGGUCCUGCAGGACUUUUACAACGAACAGGCCGAGAAGGACAAGAGGUUGAAACAAGCAGUGGAUGAUAACUUGUUGGAUAGCGUCGAAAUUGAGGAAGAUUGGCAAUUGAGUCAGUUUUGGUAUGAUGAUAACACAAUUAACACUCUUGCUCAUAUAGCAUUAAAAACUAUUGGGCCUUUGGGAAAAGUGGCUUUAAUAUCUUGCCCUUCGCUAUACAGAAAAAUCAAGGAGGGCUGUGGGCCAGACCAACAAGUGACGGUUUUUGAGUUUGACAAAAGGUUUUCGAUAUAUGGAGCAGAUUUUCACUAUUAUGACUACAACAGUCCACUAGAAUUGGGGGAUAUAAGACCGAAAUACUACGAUUUAGUCAUAGCCGAUCCUCCAUUUUUAUCUGAAGAAUGCUUGAAGAAAACCACUUUAACGAUGCGGUUUUUGACAAUGGAAAAGAUUAUUUUGUGUACAGGUGCAAAAAUGGAAGAAUUGGCGGAAAAAAUGAAUUUGCAGAAAACGCGUUUCGCCCCCAAACACAAAAAGAAUCUGGCAAAUGAGUUUUGUUGUUUUGCGAAUUUCGACAUCAAUAUUUGACCAAUAAAAUACAUUAAUUGAC